AUGCCCGGUAGACGCGCUCCGCCAAGUCCUUUGCGCCUUGUACAGGGCCCUACGCCACCUCGAAGUGCCCCAAAGCAUACAAUGCCAUCUGUUCCGCGGCCAACAUUUUGUCCACCAAUGAUCGUUAGCCGUGGGGCCACUGGUCGGCCAAGAGCUUCCGUAUUGCAGGUAGACGUUGUCAUGAAGGAGAUCAAGAGCGCCUCGCUGAGCCCGUUGUCAGCGGGCGCCUCACCACGAAGUUCAGGAUCGAUCUCAGAGUCGCCGACUACGUUGAGAGUCAGAGGGCCCUGGGAUCAUUCAGCGUCGAUUAUUUUACCAUAUGAAGCACAGGAAAUACUGGCGCCGUUGAAGGCAGCGAUAGUCAUGUAG